AUGAGACAGGCCGUCGUCUUAUUUGCGGCCACGGCUGCCGCGUUGGUCACCCCUGAUUUGGUCAGCCACCAACAGAUCUCACUCUCGGACAAGCACGGCGAAACAGCCACCCAAGAUGCUGUGCAGACCUGGUGGAAUACCUGCCCGGAAGCGGAACGUCUCUUUGCCUCCGUCGAGCAGCACGUCACGAAGAACAUUGAGCGCUCUGCUCUUGACAGCUUCCUUUCCGUAGUUGGCGACGAUAGCGAGAAAGACGAGGACCCCCGUCACCCGCAUCACCCCCCUCGCCCGCCUCAUCCGCCUCACCCUCCUCGCCGCGGACGUGGCCGCCACGGUCACCAUGGCCCCCACGGCGACCCGGAGAAGACCAUCUACGAGCUGAUCAAGGACAACAAGCACACUACCAGGUUCGCCGAGCUGGUCGAGGAGCACGACGAGAUCAAGCAGCUCCUCCAGGACACCGAGCACAACCACACGCUGUUCGUACCCACCGAUGGCGCCUUCCGACGCAUCCCGCACCACCGCCACGGCCAUACGGGGGGAGACGAUGACAACGACGACGACGACGAAAAGCACGAGCACAAGCCGUCCAAGGAAUUCCUCCUGGCCCUGCUCAGAUACCACAUUUCCCCGGGCCUCUACCCGCUCGGCCGCAUCCACAACAGCCGCACCCUCCCGUCGGAGCUACACCCGGCCGCCCUCGAAGCGUCCUCCUCCUCCUCCUCCGAAGACGGCCACGGCCAGCCGCAGCGCAUCCGCGCCUUCACGACGCCGAUCGUGCACUUCACGCGGCUCAACUUCCACGCGCGACUGCUGGGCGGCGGCGGCGACGUCGUGGCUAAGAACGGGCUCAUCCACGCCGUCGACGCGCUGCUGCUCCCGCCGCCCAACACCACCAGCAUCAUCCGCCUACUGCCCGGCCACUUCAGCACGCUGGCGCUGGCGCUCGAGACGACGGGGCUCGGCGACGAGCUCGAAGAGGGGGAGGGGGGCAGCGCGAGGCGGAAGGGCGGCGGCACGCUGUUCGCGCCGACCAACGCCGCGUGGCAGAGGCUGGGCCCCAGGGCGAACGCCUUCCUGUUCUCGGAGAGGGGGCGCAAGUACCUGAGGGCGUUGGUCGAGUACCAUGUUGUCGUGAACGAGACGCUGUAUUCGGAUGCCUUCUACAGCGGUAAGAAGGAGAAGAAGGAGAAGCACGGAGACGGAGACGAGGCCGGCGAGGAGGAGACCGGGUACUGGCACGUCGACCUGACCAGCUUGCUGCACGGCAAGCCCAUCAGCGUGGACGUGCGCGAGUGGAAGGGGUUCGUGUCGAUUGUGGUGAACGGCUUUGUCAGGGUGGUGGUCAGGGAUGGGAUUGCGAACGACGGGGUGAUUCAGGUGGUGGACAAGGUGCUGAUCCCGCCGUGCAAGCAUCGUCAGGGCGGCGAUGAGGAGACGGCGGAGGCGGAGAUGAGCGUGGAGGACUUGAAGCGCCGGUUGGAGCCGUAUCUGAAAGCGGAUAGCGGACCAGAAGAUGCGGGUGAUCUGUAG